UAUUAAUAGCUAAGAGAGUGCUUUUACGCCUGCAGCUUUUCCUUUUUUCUUCACUUCUCAUUAUACAUGGAGAGAGAAUCGCGCGAUAUUCCGCACACGGAGAUGGCUGUGACGCACACAAACGCAGCAAUUUGGGAAGAAAUCGAACGUUCUGAGAGUUACCUUGUUGCCUCUAUGUAUGAGGAGGCUGCAUCAAUAGGUUCCUCAGUUUUAAAAAAAAUAUGCGAGAGCAAGAACAAUAACUUGGCCGAUCAAGACAUGGAAGGAUUUGAGUUGCAUGACAUGAUGAUAUCAGCUGGUAUGGUGUUGGUUCAGUCCUUGAACCAACUGGGCAGGGCAUCAGACAUUUUGAAUGAGCUCAAAGCACUGUUCAUGUCUGCAGAUGCUAUCCCUGUUCAAAUUCUCCGUAUUGGGGCAUGCUUUCAGAUAUCAGAAGGUUUAUCUUUAGGCGUCAGAGAGUUUCUUGAGGAGUUCCUUAGCAAGUGGCAUUUUGUUGAUGGAAGAUAUGUUCUUGUUGGUGCACAUGUAGAUACCAAUGUGCAGAAAGGAUGUGAUGAAAGGAAUGUUUUAGGAGUUGAUGAGUAUAUGGAGGUUGUUGAAAUCUAUGCUGUCACACUUCUUGGUAAAACUUUGAAAGAUCUUGACUGUGCAAUUGCUUGGGUUGAGAAAGAAGCAAUGCCUGAGGAAGGACGGCAGGGACUUCUAAGAAGAUUACACUCCUUGUACUCUGUCAAAGCCAGCAACUCAUCCCAAGGCUCGUCAGUGUUGCUAGAAAAUAAGCAAGAAGCUCACAAUUCAUCAUCAAAAGAACUUAAUGUUUCUGAAGGGUAUUCUGAAGUUUUGAAAACCAAUUACCUGCCUAAUGGGGAGAAUACUACAAAACAGGGAAUUUUGAAAUUGUCCAGGCGCAUAGACCCAUGUUUUUGGUGGUUCCGUACUAUCAAUUUGAAGUUUGGUAAUUUGCAAUUAGUCAUAACCAAUGGGAAGAUUUUUCUUGGAUGCUUGAUGAUUCUUGUGUAUUACCUUCUCCGAAGGAAGCAAGCUACUUUAAAAAGGAUUGUUAGGAGACAGGUUUUGUCCUUAAAAAAGGCUUUGGUGGACUUAUGGCAGCUCACAUUUUCAUACCAAGUAAACCCCCUAGCUGCUGUUCAACCUCUUCCUCCAACACGAGGUGGUCGAUGACUUUUGACAAGGAAGACAACUAUAUCGAAGUUUGCCAUUAAUCUCCUUGUAUAACUGUGCUUUGCAGGUUGUGAGAUCAGGUCAUUGAUAGAGAAAUAAGUGGUACCCGACCCCAACUUACUGAAGAUAUGAUUGCUGUUUUUCCUAUUUCGAUAUGAUUAUGAACUUAAGAUGUCGAAUUCUAAUAGGAGUCGAGUUUACAUGCAAGCAAGCCUUGGGUUUAGAAUAGUGAUUCAAGGGUUUCUUUUUGCUAAUGGAUACAUUCGUGAGUAUUGAGUGGACUUUUUAUGAGUAAAUCUCGUAAUUAUGGGCAAUAACACAAGGGGGCAGUAAACUCCCAGAUUCGAUCCUGGAUGGCUUAAGGGGAUAUGCUGCCACAUUAAAAAAAAUUGGGCUAAUAAUUAGCAAAAUUCAAAGGUAUAGGGUAUUUUCUAUUGUUUUUUCUAUAAUUGUCCGUGUACCCUCAUUAACAAGAAGCUUCGUGAACAUAUUCAGCAUGAGAUUAAGUCCCUUGUGUAUUUCUUCACUUAAGUCCCUCGUGAACAUACUAUUGAUCUGGAUGCUUAUUGUUGAAUGUAAAGUAUCAUUCAAUGUCUA